AUGAGCCUCAUCACGAGCUGCUCCACGAGACUCACGACCGCGCCAGCGGUGCGCACUAUCGAUCGAUGCCGCGUCAGCCGUGGUGCGCGAGCGUGCUCCUCGCCCGAUCGAGUCGAAACCGAUGCACCUGCCCCGUUGCGCACCGCGAUCGCAGCGGGACUCGGGGCCAUCGUCUCGCUCGCUCGCCCCGACGUCGCGCUGGCUUCCGGCCCGGGACCCCAGUACAGCGGCGUGGAUCCCAACGAGUCAUCCCUCAUCCAAUCCCUCAAGAAGAAGAGCGAGGAGAACAAGGCGAGGUACGAUGAAGAGCGACUCGACAACUACUACAAAAGAGAUUUCCGGAUAAACAAGAUCUUGGGCGCGGAGGUGCUGGCGGAGCCGUGCGACCCGAGGGACCCGGAGUUCGGGUACAAGUGCGCGCCCAAGCUGCCAAGGCUACCGCAGGACCGCGUCGACCCGUUCGAUCCGAGGUCGGACAAGUACGCACCCAGGAAAGGCGCGGUGUUUGGACUCAACGACCUCAACAUCGAUUUUGAGGAAUCUUUCCCUGGCAACGUUGGUGCAGAGCGGGGCGACGGUGGGGUGCCGGCGGUCGACGCGGAGCCGAAGGAGGGUCCGGCGGACGUGGACGCGAUAGUGGAAGGGGCGAUCGACGGGGUCAUCGCCGGCACCCGCGAGGAGGACGCGGGCGGCAUCGGCGUCGACGAAACCCUUCGAGGAGCCUCCAACUGA